AUGGAUCGACCCAAUCGCUCGCACCCAACCCUCGGCCCCCUCACAACCCUCCCCACCUCCCCCCACGCCUCUCCAUCCUACCUCUACCCCUCCGCCUCCAUCCCAACAACCCCCUCCCUCCUCUCCCGCCCCUCCUCCCAAACCCGCCUCCGCCCCACCCGCUCCACCCCGACCGCCGUCCCCGCCCCCGCCCGGAAAAAAACCCGCACCGUCCGCAACCCCGACGACACGCCGGACGACUGGGUCACGCGCACGGCGUCGGCCCUCACGCUCACGCGCCUCGAAGAGAAGGGACAGGCGUGGCUCGCGGCGAGGAGUUCGAGCACGAGCUUGACGGGUGGCGAGGUCGGGGAUGAUGAGUAUGAUGCGCACUCUCCCGAAUGGAGUCCGUCGCGGGUACAGUCGGCGAGGGGAUCGAAUGCGAAGUUGCGAGGGCUGUCGAGGGCGCAGUCGAGGGUUCAGUCGAGGAGGGGUAGCGUUGGGGGAGGAAACGGGGUGAGAGGAGAGGAGGAGGAGGAGGAGGAAGAAGAAGAAGAAGAGGUUGGGCCGGAUUUUGUGAAUGCGGAGGAGGGAGAAGAGGAGGGGGAGGAAGUCGACGAGGGGGAGAUGAAGAGGGUUGUUAUGGGGAGGGUUGGCGGGUGGGUUGACUGGGCCGUGGGGUGGAUGGAGUUCAGAGGUGAAGGGGAGGAGGAAGGGGAUGCGGAUGAGGCUGCCGGAGCUGCGGGGGAAGAAGAUGAUGGCGGAGAAGGCAUUGUGAGGGGGGAGCUGGAUCCGGUCGAGUUGCAAAGGCGACUGCGGAGGAAGAAAAGGAAGGAUGACGAAGCGGAGACUGGUGGUGAGGGUACGAAUAUUAUGGGCUCCGCUCCUGAGCAAGCAGGAGUUUGGAGUGAUGCCAAAUGGUUGCUCGGCGUGGCUACGAAGGUGGCUUUAUGA